AAUUUUGGCGGCAAAUAAUAUGUCAAAAUAACAAUCCGUAUAGAUUAUAAAAUCAGUAAUAAUAAAAAAAGUUCUGUAAAAUGGGUAGAGUAGUUUUUAUGAUUUUGUCCGUUUUAUUAUUUUCUGAAGUGAUUUCCUGGACCGUUGAUUUGGACGAAGUGAAAAAAUUACUCCUCGAAAACGAGGUGCAAUCUUACGAAAAUAGUGACGAAAUUAAAAAUAUUGAGAGCGAUUUACUCGAAGAGAACUACGCACGAAACUUUGGGUAUCAAGGUUAUAAAGAGAAAGAGGCAAGCAGUGUAAUACGCAAUGGUAGUGUUUACCUUGACGGCUUGAGUAAGGCCCUGAUGACGUACCGACAAACAUUGACCAAGUGUAGCCUCACUAAAACUGAUAACAAGCCAAACAGUCAAUCGAAGGAAAAAUCAAAUGAUUUAUUGUCAACGUGUGGGACCGCCACUAAUAAUAGCGAAUACGUGCAGAAAUUGUCUGAACUUGCGCUGCUGACGACGAAUAAGCUGCGGGAUAAAGCGUAUGAAAAGGAUUAUAAGGAUGAUGAAAGAAAUGAGAACGAGCUCCUGCUGCAGCUGGCGUGGCUGCUGGACCGGCUGGCGUACCUCACCGGGUACGAACCAAACCCUAAGGACUUUAUUGAAACAGAAACAUCGACACUUGAAAACAAAGCAAACGACGUCACUGAAAAAGUCGAUACGGAAUCUUUAGAAAUUCUCGAACAAACAGAAAAUGGCCGCCCGCUGUCCAAACUCGCGCCGAAAAAGGUGACAGCUGUCAAAUCGAUUCAAAAACGAUCCGCGGAGCCGUUGGAGUCUGUCAUGAAAUAUUACGUAAAAUAUAAAGUUUGGAAUAGUUCUAAUCCUGUUAAUAAUUUAAAUGAUAAAAUAGAUAAAAAAUUAAACUUUGAUGUACAAAAUGAUUUGACAGUAAGACCUCUUAGCAAAAGAUCUAUUGAAAUGAAACACGUUAUUCGAAGAAUCAAAAAGAGAAUGAAAAAUCGCAACUGAGA